AUGGAGAUUGUGGCCCAGGCGUGUCCGGGGAUAUUCAUCACCGACUCGCUCAUCGAUCAGGGCGUUUCAUUCUUCAUGUCCCGCUAUGCCACCGGGGUAGACCAGCCAUCUAUACAGUCGAAAGAAUAUCAAGACCAUCUAUCGACGAAUGGCUUCCACCCACUCGUGGCCACGACCAUGACAGCUCUCGGUAUCGCUGGGGUUGCCAACAUCCGCAUGGAUUCCCGCCUCAAGCGUGAGGCCACCCGUUGGUAUUUGGAUGCCAUCAAGAUGGCCAACGAGGCCAUAUCGUCUCCCAAAGAUGUCAAGGCCGACAGCACUCUCAUUGCUGUUAAUCUCCUGGGCCUGUACGAGGCCACUUCCAAUGACGCGACCUUGAUGGGAUGGAGCAAUCACGUCGCAGGUGCCUCUUCAUUGAUCAGAAUACGAGGCAUGGACCAGUUUUCGACUCCAGCAGGGCAGCGCACCUAUCUGCACACGGUUGGCCUCCUCACCAUGAACUGCAUGGGAUUCGGGCUCCCCAUACCCAAAUUCGUGCACGAUCUCAACACGGAGAUUAUCAAGCAUUUGGAUACCCACGAUCCAAGAAACCGCUUCUUUUUCCUCCACAUCAAGACUAUUGAUCUUCGCGCACGCAUCCUCAACCAGGAAAUGACUUUGUUGCAGGACAUGAUCGAGGCAGCGCUCGAGCUCGAUGACAUCGCAAUCAACAUCUUCAAGGACCAAACACGCGAUUGGGACUACGACGUUGUGCUCUGUGAAAAACGACCGGGCAUCUUCGAGCACUUUUACCACGUCUAUCACACGGCCAUAGCAGCCCAGACAUGGAAUUGGGUGCGGUACAAUCGGAUCUAUUUCCACGACAUUAUUCGAAAUAGCAUCUUGAUGGGCUUCGCGGCCACGCCGCCACUGCUGGUCGGUGCAAGGUACCAUGAGCAGCUCGAAGCGAGCGUCCGAACGCUGUACCAAUUGCAGUCGGACAUCCUGGCUAGUAUGCCGCAAUUCCUACACGAUGUCUCGGGCCGUGAAUCAAACAGGGUAUCAGAGGACACGGGCGACAGCCAGAUAGCGACUCCUCCGCCAGAUUCCCCCCCUGCAUCGUCGACAUCAACAUCGCCACGCUCACCACCAGAACCCAAGUUCGUGCCAAAGUCGCUGGACCAGAACUUCAGGGGCACAUCAUUCGGCGGGGGUCACUCCCUUAAAGGCAGCGGUUCCGUAAAAGAUCGCGUUCCCAUCUUACGUGUAGGAGGCGGCUAUUCAACUGUGUGGGCCCUCUAUGUGGCUGGCGCUAUGCCUAUGGCUUCUCACGAGAGCCAGGACUUUGUGCUACGAUGCCUAAAACGUAUCCAACAAGAAUUCGGUAUUGCCCAGGCCAAAGUCCUAGGCAGAUCCCUACAGCGCAUGCAGAUUCUAGCCAGCAGCGGUGAACUUCCUUUUCGAAUCUGUCCGCAGUAUCUGCCGGAUGGGCCGGAAGAGCCAGUCGAGAAUUCUUGCGGUUGA